CUCGCCGCGGCCGACGGCACGCUCGAGUCCGCGGGCGUGCGCCACUGGUCCGAGCUCAUGGUCGAGGUCGCCGACGCCGAGGGCGCGUGGCCCCGGAAGCGCCUGCUCGAGCGGGCGACGUUCCGCGACUUCGACGUCGGCGACCGCGACGGGCGCAAGAAGGCGUCGUCCGCGGACUCGUCGGCGUCGUCCGCGGCCGAGCCGCGGAGCGCCGCGGCGUCCGACGCGAAGCCCAAGAAGCGGUCCGGGUCCUUCGAGUCCGACGGCGACGGCGACGCGAAGCCGCCCGGCGCGCGGGACCUGCCGGGCGCGACGGGCCUCGUGAAUUUGGGGAACACGUGCUUCAUGAACUCGGCGCUGCAGUGCCUGAGCCACACGCCCUUGUUGCGCGCCUACGUCCUCAGCGAGCAGUUCGCCGCGGAGAUCAACCGCGCGAACCCGCUGGGCUCCCAGGGCCGCAUGGUCGACGAGUUCGCCAACGUGCUGCGCAUGCUCUGGUCCGACCGCUACCGGUCCGUCGCGCCGUCGAAAUUCAAGCGCGCGUUGGCGCGCGCGAAGCCCCAAUUCGCGGGCAACGACCAGCAGGACAGCCAGGAGUUCCUCAACGAGAUGCUCGACGUGCUCCACGAGGACGUGAACCGCGUCGUCGAGAAGCCCUACGUCGAGGAGCCCGACGACGACGACGUCGCGAAAUUGACGUACGAGGUCGCCGCGCGCGACGCGUGGGACCGCUACCUCCUGCGGAACCGGAGCGUCAUCGUCGACCUCUUCCAGGGCCAGCUCAAAUCGGAAAAGCAGUGCUGCGCCUGCGGCAAGAAGAGCGUCAAGUUCGAGCCCUUCAUGCACCUGUCCGUCCCGCUGCCGUCGACGCAGGAGAAGCGGCUCAAGCACGCGGCGUCCAAGAAGCGCCCGGGCGAGAAGCAGCUCCGCGCGGCCAUCUUCGGCGUCUCCGUGCCGCGCCUCGGCGAGGUCGGCGACCUCAAGAGCGCGCUUUCGGAGGUCACGGGCGUGCCCCGGGCCGACAUCGCCGUCGGCGACGUCUACCGGCACCGCUUCGCGCGGAUCCUCGAGGACGACGAGCCGUUGGCGGCCGUGCGCGACGACGACGUCGUCGUGGCCUACGAGAAGUCGGAGGCGCCGCCGUCGGCGACGGCGGGCAAGCGGCCGUCGAAGCGCGCGACGGGCGACGCGUACGCGGACGCGGACGCGUCCGACGACGACGGCGCGGCGGCGGCCGAGUCCGCCGACUUCCCCGGGGACUUGGACGGCGUGCGCGUGGGCACGCGCGUCGACGCGCUGGACCACCGGGGCCAGUGGUUCGUCGGCCAGGUCGUCGCCAUCGACGAGUCCGGCUGCCGCCGCGUGCACUUCGACCGCUUCUCCGCGCGCUGGGACGAGUGGUACGGCGAGAACGAGUGGAAGCAGGGCAAGCUCGCGGCGCCGAAGACGCGGAGCCGCCACACGGUGCGCGUCAUCGAGCUCCAGUGCGUGCACCGGCGGCCCGCGGCGGGCGGCGCGAGCCUGGAGCUCUUCGGGUCGCCGUUCGUCGUCCGCGUCGCGUCGGACCGGUCCUGCCGGUCCCUGUUCCGCGCCGUCGUGCGCCAGGCCUGGCUCUUCGUGAAGCGGGACCACCGCGCGGCGGCGGGCUUCCCGCGCGACGGCGGCGCGGCCGACGACGAGAGCCUGCCGUUCAAGGUCGCCGUCGGGUCGACCGCGAACCCGUCGACGAACGCGCGGCGCGCGGCCCUCGUGCCCGAGGACCAGCGCGCGGGCCGCGACUGCGAGAUGUUGCUGGCGACGCCGACGGCGGCCGUCGGCGACGCCGUCGACGACCGGCGCAUGUGCCUCGCGCUCGACUGCACACACGUGACGGCCUUCGACGACCCGCUGCGCCACGCGCCCAAGCACAAGAGCUGCCUGGAGCUCGAGGCGGCGGAGCUCCGGGACCGGGCCGAGGAGUCGGCGGGCGACGACGACGGCGGCAUCCCCCUGAGCCACUGUCUGGACGCGUUCUCCAAGGAGGAGACGCUCUCGGAGGCCGACGCGUGGAUCUGCCCCCAGUGCAAGGAGCCGCGGUCCGCGACGUCGAAGAUCGAGCCCUGGAAGCUCCCGGACAUCCUCGUGAUCCACGUCAAGCGGUUCCUCUGCUCGGCGAAGUGGCGCGAGAAGAUCCGGACGAAGGUGCUCUUCCCGCUCUCCGCGCUCGACAUGGCGCCCUGGGUCCACGAGGAGGCGCGGUCCCUCCAGCGCGGCGCCAUGACCUACGACCUCUUCGCGGUCACGAACCACCUCGGCGGCAUGACCGGCGGCCACUACACGUCGUACGUCCGGGCCGACGGCGGCGACUACCGCUGGCUCCACGUCGACGACGACGUCGUCGAGGAGGCGGGGCCCAAGUCCGUCGUCACGGACGCGGCCUACGUCCUCUUCUACCGCCGCCGCCGCCUCACGCCCUCGACCGUCAUCAGCCUCUCCGCCUCCGGGGGGCAGGGCUGAUGAGGGCGUAGUAAUCGGCGUCCCUGGGCG